GAACGUAAACAUGACGACGAUCGAACAUGGCGCGUAAACAAACCAAUAUGAAUACAUAGGUUUAAUAGUAUUAUAGAUUGCUUAGAAAAGCGUGACUUAAUGAUAUAGAUAACUUGCAGGAGAAUAUUUUGAAUCAUGGCAAGCAGCGGAGUAAAAAUGAUGUCAACGAAAAGAAAGGAUAAUAACAACCAGCUUACUGCUAAAUGGGGAAAGAACACGGUACAAAAGCGUGAAAAAUUAUCAUCCCAGAGCAAAUUCCAAUCAAGAUCUUUUAAAACUCAAAAUAGUAAUUGGACACCAAUUGUUCACAAACCAUCAAACGAACAGUUUGAUCUAUGGACUGAUGCUCAAAGGAAAAAGUUUCUUGAUAGAAUCCUCAGCCAAUGCGAAAGGCCCCAACUCCAUUUUAUACAAAAUUGGUUUGAUCUAAGAGUGCCUCUAAAACAUGUUGAUUUUACAAAUUUACUACCGAAAUUCUUAUCUCUCUAUAUCUUCUCCUUUCUCGAUCCUCGAUCUCUUUCAAGGGCUGCGCAAGUUUGCUGGCAUUGGAAGUAUUUAACGGAACAUGACGAAUUAUGGGUUGGAAAAUGCGUAAAGAGAGGAUGGUAUCUACCUUAUACUCCUUCAAACAACGAGAAUGCAGCUUGGAAAAUGCACUACAUAUGUUGUAUAUCGACUUUAGAUAUGGACGGACCGUCUAUGGAGAGAAUUUAUGGAAGAUUCGGAGAUGGGACAAACUUCCUUAAAAGGCAAAAAACUGAUUUGAGGAAAAGCGUCAGCCAAACGUAUAGGAACUACGAUGAAGUAUUAAAUACAAGACCACCUUGGUAUCCUCCAGACGUUGUUCCAAAAGAUUUGGAAUCUACAGCCAAAGCUAUGCUACAUGACUUUAAUCCUAAUGAUCCUAACAUACCCCAAUCGUUAACGUUGCAUCAUAAUAAAUUUGGUAUAGAAUUAAACAAGCUGACUCAAUCUCUUCCAUCAACAACAAAACUUAUUGACUACGGUCUUCGUAGUGAAUCACGUAAAUCGGAGAAUAGAAUAAAAACCUCUGAAGAAGAAUAUGAUUUUAGUCAAAGAUCGCAGAGAGUUCCGCUAUCCCAAUCUUUAGAAAUUGAAUCUUUCAAAGAAAAGCGUAUGAUGGAAUUAGUGCAGCAGCCAUGGGAACCUCCCGUACCUGUAACACAUCCCAUUAAAACGGGCACAAAUUUAACAGGAGGUGGAAAUUAUCCCCUUCUAAAAUCCGCAAGGACAAGACUAAAUACGGAUAAGCCAAUCAGCAAAACAUUCCCUCAAGACGAAAAUCCUCGAGUUAUUUUUAUAAGCUCAAGGGUACCGGCAGCUGAUUUACUAGUUGAUGCUAUUCUAUUUGGCGUUAUACCUAUUGUGUACGAAUACGAGGGAACAUCUUUAGAGGCUUUGACUGACCGAUUGACAUCCUAUUUAUCUGGAAGAUGCGCACAGAGUAUAGGCCUAUUCGUCCACAAUACCGACAUUCAAAAAUUAAACCUUGUAUUAGGAGCAACCGUUACAAAGCGUACAAUAGAAGACGCAGACAUAGCUGAUUUCCUAAAGACUUUGGCAACAAACAUUCUAACCCCAGAACAGAAAGGUCAUUUGGACAUUUUCACUCCAUUAGCAGCAAGCGAGGAUGGAAUAGAGAUAAUGACGAAACUCUCCUCCAUUACCGGAACUAUAUGUACAACACCUACAGGCUUAAUUGGAAAUUACAAUCAUGUGAACUCUGAAUGGCUAACCUCACCUGAAUCGGAAAAACAGCCUUGUUUAUACUUCUGCAGCGAAAAAUUGUCAAUAUGGGCCAACGUUGCCGAUCAAGUAGCAGAAGGUUCACUAAGAACCAAAAAGAUCUUAUCUUCUUAUUUAGAACGGCAGAACAAAGAUAUUUGUUCCCAAAUAACAGGUCAAAUUCUAUACGAUUCUACUGGUCUCUUACAUGUUGGUAAAUUUGAAGAGAUUUGCAACGCGUUGCAAGAUGGCCUCUACCAAAUAAGCCAAGAGGAACCGAAUAAUUCAUUGGAAUUUCUAGGAAGAUACUUACUUAGGCGUAGUAAUGUAAAGGAAGCGGAUAUACAAUUGGCACAAUCCAUGACACCACCAGGCGGAACUCUAAAGCCCGCCAUGACAAUGAAAGCGGAAAUUUUGAAAGACACUAUUCAAGAGGAUGACAUUUAUUCCGAUGCAACUGGCAAAGAAGAUGACAUAAGCGUAGGCGACGGAGAGGAAAAUGAAAAGGAAAAAAAGAAUUACCAAAAUUUUGAAAAGAAGACAAAAGACAUCGAUCAAGAUGAAUCUGAAGUUGACGAAGAUAUCAAAGAUGAUAUAAGUGAUGAUGUUCAAGAAGUUUUAGAUACGGAUAUGCCUGGCAAUACUCUUACUCAAAUUGCAGUAAAGAAAACUGGUGCCUUUAAGCCCGUUAACAGCACCCUGAGUGAAAACUUUGAUAAUAGCUAUAGUCCUUUGCCAUCCGAAGGGGAACCCCUUUUAUCAAAAAGUGUACACAAUCAAAGACCACCAAUCAAAAUGACGCCCGAAGUAUUAGCAUCAAUUGCUGAUAAGAGAACUGCAGUUGCUAAAGAGAUUCUCUCUUCCGAAACUGAUUACAGACGGACAUUCGGCGCUCUAAAGAAAGUGUAUUUAUUACCUUUAAAGAGCGCACUGUCUAAUAAUAAGGCUAUACUAAGCGCCCAUAAUCUACAAAUGAUCUUUGCCGAUGCCAUGAAUAUCCUAGAUUUGAGUAGGAAUCUUUUAGAUGAUUUACGUAAAAGACUAGAAGAUUGGAAUUCGCAUAGUUGUCUUGGAGAUCUAUUUGUUAAAUUUUGCGAGAAAAGCGUCGAACAAAUACCGUCCUUUAGAGCAUUUUUAAGCAGAUCUGAUAAAACACCUGCAACAAAAAUGCUGAGAAUCCAAGAAAUCUUAUUACUACCUUCCAGAAGAAUAUUAGAUUAUGUAACACUUUUGACCUGGUUCGAGAGGCAUACACCCAAAGAUCACGCUGAUCGCAGCGAUCUAGCUUUGGCUCUGAAGCUUAUUAAAGAAUUAUCGAAAUUAAUAACUGAACAGAAAACGAGAUGCGAUAGGGAACAACAAAUUAUUUCCUUACAGAAAACAAUUUUAAAUUGUCCGAGUUUGAUGGAGGCUAACCGAUAUUUUAUAAAGCAAUUGGACGUGGCCCAUUUAAAAGCGCCGUUAUUAAAAGCAAACGCAACGGCAGUGGCAAGUGAAUUAAAAACUUACCAACACGUUGAAGACUUGGGUUUGUUUUUAUUUAACGACGCCGUUGUUGUAACAAAGCGAACCAGCAGACACUUUCCCUACGAGAGAAGAGUGGAAUAUACGUACAGAUUCGUAGCUUGCUCCUCUCUGAAAAGAUUACGUUUAGAGGAUGUACCGGAUUCAAAGCGUUAG